AUGCACGCAGCUCUCGUUUUCGUGCUGCUUCCUGAAGAAUAUGAAUCAUGUGUGUACAACUUAUUUCGUAAACUCGAAUCGAAUGGGGUGUCAGCAACUACUGGUAAUGAGAAAAUCGACAAACUUAUGAAGGAUGCGAUCGUUGUACUUCGAAUUCAUUUAAUCGAGCUGCAAAAGGUCGCUUCAUUGGCUGAGGACUUUCAUACGAAGUAUUUACAGGCACUUCGAAAGCGUGUCUCCCAUGACGUGCUCGUGGAAUCAACUGGUGACAGCGACGACGACUUGACCGAACCCAAUCGCCAUGACGAGCUAGUUUCUUCAAGACUUCAAGGAGGUGCCGUUGCUACCUUAACAACCCCACAAGGUACUCUUAGCAUAUCCUUUGAUCCGCGGACGGUGUUGGCUGGUAUUCAUAGUGCAUCUGCAAUCAAGAGUUUGGAUUAUGGAUCAGAAUUGCGGUCACCUAUGGUAAACCAUUUUAAUGAGCCGGCAGGAAAAGUUUGCAAGGGGAGAAGGUGGAUUUGGAGGAAGUCAUCCGCAAAGAAAACUUCUUCUAUAAGUGCGUCGUGGGUGACUCCAAUGCGAAAAUCGGGAUAUCAGAAGAAGGUGAGCACAGGAUCCGGAGAUUUGGAUCAGGACCCCGGAAUGAGAAUGGUAACCGUCAUGUUGGGCUCUUAUCCACCGCACGACUUUUUCAUGGCAACUCCAUUUUUAUGA